AUGCAAGAUCUGGGGCGGAGCCACGCUGUAUUUGUUUCCAUUGCCUAUUUUGUCAUCGAGGCUACACAAAACUGGAAAACUCAAAAAAGUGGAUCUGUUUGUUACUAUCACAAGCUCAUCAGUUUCCUUUUUCUGCGACCAAUAGUGGAUGUUGUUUAUCGCCCGUGGAAGAAAAACCGGUAUUCCCUUAUAAGCUUCUCUAAAUUCGGUUCUUCGUCCAGCGACAGCAGCAUUGCCUUUGAUGUUCAGUCUCAGCCUCGAUCCAACCGCCACAGUUGCAUGACCAUCUUACCGAGCUCGCUUUCGCCGUCCGGCGUGAAGAGUGUAUCGAGUCGAACCGAAGUGGCCUCUGAAAUAUCGCACAAAGACGGUUUGUCUGAUCUGGCGCCUCCCAAAGACCACGACAUUGUCUCUUCAGAAAACUAUCUGCAACUGGGAAUGCAGUAUCAUGAACGAGGUGAAUUGGAGAAAGCCACUCAGUAUUGGCGGCUAGCUGCCAAAGAAGAGCAACCUUUAGGUCUGUUCUUUUACGGUAUCGCUUUACGGCACGGCUGGGGUUGUCAAAAAGAUCCCGCUGUUGCGGUGCAGUACUUGCAGAAAGCGGCCGAGUGUGCGGUGUACGAUCUUCAGACCGGCAUCUCCACCGCAGCUCUUGUGGCCAAAUCUGAGCUUGUGUUGGCGAUUCAUGAACUCGGCGUUUGUUUCCGUCAUGGAUGGGGCGUUCCGAAAAAUGUCGUUAGUGCAGCGUAUUACUUUGAAAUUGCCGCGAAUCUGGGUGAUCCCGAUGCGCAGAACGAGUUGGCUUUCUGUUACGCUCAUGGUCAAGGUGUGAAAAAGGAUGUCUUCAAGGCCGCCAAAUACUAUCGCAUGGCCCAUCGCCAGGGUCAAGGAUUGGUGGGUAACUCUUGGAUAUGGAAGGAGAAGUACGAUGUCGUGGAUGACUGAAAUGCUUCACCUUCUCCCGCGGAUUUUCCACUUUCCUGUUUUGGCCGGUCCAAUAAUCUGUCGCAAUUAUGUAAAUAUCAUUGUAUUGGAAACUUAUCUCUUUGUAUUCUAUAUAUCUCCCAACAUUCCUAUCUUUCAAGUACAGUACAUAAAACCAUCAUAUAUGCAAGAAUCGUGUCAGAGCCUUUAUAUGUUAUUCCCUCAGUUGGCGAAGCAACGACAGAACAGCUUGAUUUUCCCAAUAUCUAUGUUGAUUGUUAC